AUGGUUGUUUCCGGUCUGAUAAGUGAUACUGAAGGUAGCAAUCUUGUGUCCGCCCAGACGCCCUUUACGCCCACUGUGGAGAGGGGAGGCGGCGUCCUGGCAUACCGUGCGCUCUUGCUCGGGACUGGGAGUACUUUGGUGGAGCAGCCGCAGCGCGCGAAGUGGGUCAGAGGCGGCGGCGAGCAAAUGCGCGUGCGAGAGCGCGCGCGCGCAGGGAGGCAGCGGCGAGGCGGGCGGAGCGUGGCAGCCGUUGUCAGGGCGACCUACGACCACGCGCGCCGCCGGGUUUUCCGCUCAGGCUCGUUGCUAACGGCCGCCCCGCGCCCCGCGCCGCCCCGCGCCGCCCCCGCGCCGCCCCGGCGCCGCCCCGCGCCGCGCCACGCGCCGCCCGCCCGCGCCGCCCGCGCGCCCGCACGCGCUCCACCCCCGACCUGGCGCACGGGCUUCCGUUCAGACUCAGUCGGUUACAACACCCCCAUCUCCACUUCGAUGGCAUCAGACCCUUACAUGUCCAACUACUAUGGCACGUCGUUCCCGUAUCAGGCGUUCGGAGUGGGCGACGGCACGUGGUCUAACGGUGGCGACCCAAUGACCUUCCUGGGCGGCUAUGGCGGACAGAUGGGCCAUGAUUCGUACGGCAUGGACGGCAUGUUCGGCGGCGGCGGCGGAGGCUUCGGCACCGCCUUCGGCCAGCCCGCGGCGGCGGCUGCUGCGGCCGCGGCCGGCUUCAACUACUUCCACGGCAACGGCGACUACUCGACGUGGGGCAGCUCGGCAGCCGCCAUGUCCCGCAAACCCCACUACGACGACUACUACCGCGGCGACGGCAUGUACGGCGCGGCGGCGGCUGCGGCCGCGGCCACGGCGCCCGGCGUGGGCGGGUCGGCCGCGGGCGGUGUAGACGGCCUCAAGGCCGUGGAACAGGGCAUGCAGGGCCUGGGGCUGUCGGACGGGUCGGCGGCGGGUGGCGCGGUGGGUUGGGGCGCCCGCGGGCGUCAAGGUGUCUGCGGACGGAAAGGACUGAAACAGGGUGGCGGGCCCGGCCCCGGCGACGCCGGCGUGGGCAAGCCGUCAGGCAUGGACGUGGGCAUGGGGGGGCAGUGCGAUGGUGAACGUGCAGGCGACAGCUGUGACGUCGGGAGGCAUGAAGAAGAAGGGACCCGGCAUGCACGCCGCCCGUGUGCCGGGCAAGCACAACAUGGACAUCGGGACGUGGGAGGCAAGAACGGCGGCGGCGCGGGCGCGGGAGCGUUGGGCGCCGGCAAGCAGCCCGUGGGACCACCGCCGCCCACGGUGCGGCCCGCUUGGGGCGGGCCGGUGCGCGGGGAUGGCGGCGGGGCGGCGGCGGAGGGCGCGCCGCGGCGGUCGGGCGCGCCCCCGGGGGAGGGCGGCGCGGCGGCGGCAGCGGCUGCCGCCGCGGCCGCGGGUUUCCGCCGCCGGCGGUCCCCUCGCCGCACCACCGGGCCCGUGCCAUCCUGGCGGGUCCUCACACCCGGCGCACCACCACAUCCCAUCGGGCGCCGGUCACACGCGGGCGCGGUGCGGGCGCCAGCGCGCCGCCGCCCCGCCCAUCACACAUGCAGCGCGCCACCGGCGCUACGCGCAGCGCCCCCGCACGCGGCUGCAGCCGCUGCGGCCGCGGCCGCUGCCGCCGCGCUGGUGCCGGCGCCUCUGCCCUCGCACCCCGUGCUGGACGAGUUGCGCAUCAAGAACAACUACAACCCCACGGACUUCAACCUGUGUGCGGAGGGCGCGCGGUUCUUCGUCAUCAAGUCGUACUCGGAGGACGACAUUCACCGCUCCAUCAAGUACGAGAUCUGGUGUUCCACAGAGCACGGCAACAAGCGCCUGGACCAGGCGUUCCGCGAGCGGGAGGCCGAGGGGGGGAUGGUGUAUUUGUUCUUCUCGGUGAACGGCUCGGGCCACUUCUGCGGCAUGGCGCAGAUGGUGUCGCCCGUGGACUACCACGCUACCAGCUCGGUGUGGUCGCAGGAUAAGUGGAAGGGACAGUUUCGCGUGCGCUGGAUCUACGUCAAGGACGUGCCGAACGUGCAGUUGCGACACAUCCGGCUGGAGAACAACGAGAACAAGCCCGUGACCAAUUCCCGUGAUACGCAGGAGGUGCCCUUCGAAAAGGGGAAGCAAGUGCUCCGAGUGCUGCACAUGUACCACCACAACACCUCGAUCUUCGAUGACUUUGUGCAUUACGAAAAGCGCCAGGAGGAGGAGGACAGCCGCAAGGUGGCGGAGGUGAGCGGAGGGGGCGGCGGCGGCGGUGGAGGCGGUGGUGGCGGCGCGCGGGGAGGCGCGGCGGGCGCGCAGCAGGGCCCGCCGGCGGGCGGCGAGCGCGGCUCCAACCAGGGCCGCGGCGACCGGGGCGGCGGUGGCCACGCGGCCGGCCAGAAGGUGAGGCCGAUGGAUCGUGAUGGAGGUGGUGGCCGAGGUCGUGGUGGAAGAGGGGGAAGGAAUUAAUGUGGAUGUUGUGCCACCUCUUAGCUUACUCCAGUUAUACUAUGUAUGUAAAAGUUUGAUUUUUAAAAAGAAGUAACUUCUGUAUUAGAAGUGGAUUUUUCCUUCACUUUUGUUCUUCUAGAAGAGAUUUGUAUAAGGACUUGUUCUGUGUGUAGGACGAGCAAUGGUUUAUCCAAGCAUUUGCAUCUUGACACAUUUCUACAGAAACUGUUAUUCUAAUUACAUUCUUAUUUUCUUCUUGAUCUUCGUGCAGUGGAAAAAGUAUAAGACAAUGUUAUAGGAUUGGAGCAAGAUGUAACGGUCCCAUUUGUUAUUGUGCAGCAAAUGCUGUCAAGACUGAAGAUUUAUUUUUGAAAAUAUGACUUAUGUCCAACAAUUGAAAGCAGAGAGAGAUCAGUUCUGAUUUAUGUACUGUAGUAUAGUUUCAGAUUUGUAUUGGUUGUAUUGAAUAAACUGGUCUUUGUGUGUUUAAGUCACUGUGUUUCUGGUGUUUGCCCAGAAUAGUGUUUAUGUUACUUAAAAUCAAAUGUGUUUUAAAUACAUUGUGAACUCUUCAGUCUUGAGUGAAGAACAAGCCAUUAUUUCGUCAGUAACUGCUCUUGUGACUGUGGGGCUCUUGUCUCAAGUCUUCAUCCUUUAGCAUGGCAGUGUUGACAGCACUUCUGCAGUCUGCAGUCUAUUUUCAUUGAUGUUGUUUUACUGUGCUGUAAUAUUAAUAAUUCAUUGUUGGGCUUGGAAACUUUUCAUGUGUCUUAAGGAGGAGUUUAAUUUUUUAUUGUCCUAUUUUUUUCUUCUUAGUUUUGCUUUUAAAUUCUUUAUAUAUUUAUCCAAAUAGGAUUCACAUAAUCUUGAACAUUUCAUCGGAAGGGCUGGGAUAGGGUUGGAGGAAGAAGUUAUGUGCAUUAACUUACUUUACGCUCCUUUAGUAAGAGCUUCGUUUUUGUUGAAUGGGUACCUAACCAAAUAAGUUGAAAGAAAUAGCUGUAAAAUGAAAAGGUUGUUUUGUGUGUGUUUUAAAGUGUGUAUAUUUUGGCUCACCUGUAAACUAUUGUUCAUCUGCUGAUUAUUGUGUAAUGUGUGUCUUGCCUUGAAAAGGUAAAAAAAAUACUUUUUGGGAUAUUCCUCUGUGUAUUUCAUUAUUAUUUUUGGUAUAUAUUGUGUAUAUUAUAUUAAUAUAUCAAAUUAAUCCUGAAAGCUUCAUGAGCUCAGGAGAAGGAAAAAACUUGUUUUGAAUUGUUAAAUGGAAAAAAAUUUCUCCCCACCAUGGUUUUGAUUUUUAGAAAUCUUACUUAAACCUGUGUGUUAUCAACUGUUUUGGUAUACGUGAAGAUGUAAUCCACUUUGUAAUGUGCAAUUACAUUAUAUUCAUAUAAAAUUCCAAGCAAUUGAUCUUUGUAUUUUAGUAUCAGUGUUGCAUACAAAUGCUUGUAAUAGAAGCUACAUAUUUACAAACUUGUACUAAAGUAUAUAUGAUCUGCAUUGUUGGAGAAAAAAUUACUUUACUCAUAACCAUGAAACUAAAUGUUUGGUUUGAAUGUUUAUAUGGCAUUUGUAAAUGUUAAUUGUUAAAAUUGAUUUUGUUAGAUGAAUGUCUUUAAUUACAUGACAAAAACAAUAUUUACAUAGACCAUAGUGCUGUGCUAAUAUCAUCUAUUAAAGCACUUAAUCUGUUAUUUAAAAAAGAAAAAGCUCACACACUGACAAUAUACAACUAUGGCACGUGUAAAUAUUGAAAAUGUGGACUUGUCUGCUUUUGGUCCACAUCAGAUGUUACCUGUUGGGAAAUAUGUGUGCUCUUAGAUUUUGCUCAUCUUAUAUGUGGGUACUCAUCUGUUUGCCUUUUAAUAUACAAAAUAUUGUAUGUAUAUGCCAACGAGAAGGCUCACAACGGAGUUAGAAUGAUAACAUUCAAUUCCUCCAACCAUCUCACUGGAAAUUCUGCAACCUUUAACCAUGCAAUGCACUCUCGUCCUACCUGUGUAUUCAUAUAUAGCGCACAGCAUGAAAAGUGUGCUACCCUUUAUCCAGCCAAAGUUUGCAGAUUAUGUUAGCCCUGUUUUCUUGCAUAACUUUCAGAAACUUCACUUUUGUGCAUCAGUAGUAGGAAGGUAAUGUUAUUAUGUAUUUUAGUAAAAUAUUGAGUUUUGGUUAGAUGGUGUGUUCAUAAAUUUGUAGUUGCUUGUGGGUGGAUUCUUGUGUUGCUUUGAAUCUUAAUUGAGGGAGAAUUAAUUAUAUUUAUUUGUCACAUUAGUAUGCUUUGCCAAAGACAUCAUCAUUAAAGGUUUCUUACAGACAGUAGACGCAUACUCAAAAUUUCUAUUACCCUGUCGGUUCUUUUCUUUCCUAUUUGUGUAUUAAUGAAAUAGAUUUUUCUGGAGAAGGUGCAAUAGGUUUCUGGAAGUAUUAUUCAUGUGUUUCCUUGUCAGGUUAACAACCAAAAAGCAAACUUAGCUCAAGACAAAUCUUGUAGUGUCCAACUACAGCUUUGAAAGCUUGCAUGGGCCUUGAUCAUCUAUUUAUAUUGUAGGUGUCAGUUGUACAUUUUUGUGCCUGUGUUACAGUUUAAUCACACAAUAUUUGUAGCAUAUAUAAAAAGCUACAAAUAUCGUUAAUAUUUCUUUAAUAGUCAUUGUCAAACUAACUUAGGUCUUUGGUUUGUUAUCGGUUCUGCAUAGAUUUAUGUAAGGUGGUGUAGGAAUUGAUGAAUGUAGGUGCAACAUUUGUUUUGCAAUUAAUAGAAGGGAAGGAAAAGAAAGAUGCUUGCCUUUUACUAUUUUCGUAAUUAUAUUUACAUGUUCACAUAACAUGUGUGGUUAUGUUAUGCAGAUUUCAUUUGAAUGUGCUAAUACACUUAUUAACAUUUUCCUGCACAUGUUGUAUUUCUUUUAGAGAAUUUGUGUGGGAAGGUAGAUUUCAUAUUGUCUUGGGCAUAGUUUGUAGUUCAUCAGUUCACAAUCCUCUCCUUACCCUUUGGCCCACCUUGUUUCCUUGUAACUUUUUAUCAUGUUGUGUAUUUGUGAUCUAUAUAAAUAUAUAUACAUGCAUAUAUAUUAUACUUCAAUGAUCAACUUCAAUUUUUUUGAUGGUUGAUUGGAACUUUUAACAAUAAUUAUAUAAUUAAUAAUGAUACAUUAAUCUUGAUGAUGAAAUGGUGGGAAUAGUUUGUUUUGUUUAUUUUUGAGUAUGGGAAGAACAUUUGUCACCUAUGGUUAUGGUCUAUGAGAGAUGUAAGCAGACUAAUAUUAAAUAGCAGGAGAAAUAAUAAGAUAAUACAAAAGUAAUGGGUUAUUAUAAAGAUGUUAAGAUUUCACCCAGUUUUCAUUGGAACUUGUACUGUGUAAUUUCUUUUCUGCGAGUAACUCUGGUAGAAGAUUGGAUCCCACUCGCUCGGAUCAAUUUCUGAUAACAGUAAAGGCAACAUAUUGUUCAGUGAUAUAUGCAGAUGCAUUUCUGGGUGGGGGGAGUAUAUACAACAAUGUAUAUGGAUGUAGAAAUAAUUUAUACAUGUACAUGUCUGAAUUCAAGACCUUUUAGAUAUAAAAUACUAUUGUAAUGGAAGAACUAGUGUAUUUCUUCUGGGAGGGGGGAUAAAAGGGCUGGGUGGGUAGAAUGCUGUUAUAAUCUGGAGCUGGAACUGUGGCACACAAGGAACCAAGACGCGAAGGAAAAGUUGGAGUGAUGGCAAGAACUUCAAGAAAUGUUAGAUGAAGACGCUGACGACUGAAAGAAAAGUGUAGUGCUGGAUUUAUUAGCAAAUUCCUGAUAAUUGAACAGUGGAAUAAAUGAGUAUGUACUAACAUCUUAGUGCACUUUAUACUCCUUGUUUUUGUUGAUUUUUUUAUUGAACCAAGGACUUGGAGAAGAGAAGUUAUCUUUGUGGUGGUGUGGAUUUCCAUUUCUACAGUGGGUUAGACUAUGCAGACAGAAUUUACCAACAUUGCUUAGCUAACGGAAGUCACUAUAUACUACUUGUUUUCUUUAUGAACUCAAAAGCAGAACUGUUGAAAAUGGCUUUAAAUCAUAGAAACAGCUGCAUUUUACUAAUAAAUAUACCCAUUGUGAAUGGAAAGAUACGUUCAAGAAAUUUAAUACAAAAAUGAACUUGAAAAAUAUAAGACAUCAAAGAACUGGUAUUUAACAAGAGUGAGUAGUGUUGUUACAGAUUUAUUUUUUUAUGAAAGAUUCUGUUUGUUUUUGUUUCCUAUACAGAGUGGAAAAGAACUUCAGAAUCCUUGUUGAUUUGAUGUAACUAUUUUCUUUAGAUAUCACAGGAUAUUACAAAUCAUCGAAGGUAUAAAAACCUUAGUGAAAAGUAAGAAUGUAUAAAGAACAUUUUUGGACUUGAAGUAAAAGAGACUGCAAAUAAAAUUUUACUCAACCUGUAAAUUAAAGAAUUAUAUACAAUAGCAAAUAUCAAAAAGAGUAAGGAUUUAUUAAUGAAAGACUUAGUGCCUGGUUUGACUAUCUGGUACAUUCUUCUUACUUUUUCAAAAUAGCAACAGUUAAUUAUUCCAGUGAAUUCCAGUGAAUUGAACUUUCAAAAGUCAGUAAUAACUGUUAACAUGCUAAUAAAGGAAAGUUGUGAACUUUUUUAAAUAUAAAGAGUCAACUAAUGGACCUCAAUCAAUUGGUAGCGGACACUAUCUUGAUCAAGAACGAUGAAUUUGCGUGUGCUGUUCUUUGCGUGUGGUUGUCGAGUGUGAUGUGCAGCAACAGGCAGGAAGAAUAUUCACAGCAGAAGAUGGAAAGCUUUGAGAAGUCGACUUGAAUCGAUUAUAUUGUUAAAACAAUUUUAUGUUGAAAUUGCAAUUGAAGGCUUACAGAUAUUUCUUAGAAAUAACUGAAAAUCGCAUAUAAUGAAUUUUGUGUUCCUAUUAUUUAUAAAAAAAUUGGUAUAUAAAAGCAUGUAAUAGCCUUCCAAUGUAAAACCAUGUUACAUUGAGUUACUAAUGUAUUUUUUUAUGUAUUUCAAUGAGAAAUGAUUCAGAAAUAUCCUUUGGCAAAUCAUUAUUUGGGAAGGAUUGCAAAUGAUGACUGUAACAAGUCGCAAUGAUUGAAGUAAUAAGGGUUUUCUUUUCUGUGUGAGUGAGCUCGAAGUAAACUUUGCCCAUUUUUUUAUAUAUACUUAUUUCGUUUGAUUAACAAUGGCUGAAGGAUAGUACAGCAUAUUUAUGUGCAAAUAAUUCCACUAAUGCAGUUCAUUAUGCGUAAUGUAAGUACUGUGAUUGUGUUAUAUUGUGGUUCCUAAUUUGAAUGGGUGUAAAAUCUGCCAUUCAGAGAUGCAUAGUAGUAUUUUCAUUUGGUUAAAAUCUGCUAAUGUUGACAUUGCUUUGUAAAUUUUUAAUACCAAGGCUGUCUAGAAUGUUUGGGAACAUUAGCAGCUUAAUUUUCUUGUUUUGAAAUUCCAGACGUAUACUAAAGACUUUAUUUUGGCCUAAUUUGCCUGCUUGCACAUUAUGCAUCUAGAAAGAACUAUUAAAACAAGUUUUGUUGAGUUUUUUAAAUUUUUUCAUUGAAGAUAUCAAUAAAAAAUUAGUACAAUAAAAUUUUGAACUUAAUAUUAGUGAUACUCCUUAAAAAGCUAUAUUUUAAUUUUCAGGACAUAAUUAGAGGAUGAUAUGUUGCUCAUUACAAAUUAAUGGAGUAAAGAUAAUACACAAUUUUUUGUGGCUGUGUGUUUAAUAAAUGAAGUUGCAGUUCAUUUCUUUUUAUUGUUCCAUGUUUGAAGACUUGUGCCCAUUGAUAUCUAAUGGCAUUUUAAUCAUUAAUGAGGUAGGCAAUACUAUAGUGUUUAGUUACUUGAGAUGGAGGAGGAUUCUAAAUUUAACCGCAAAUGCCGUUCAAAUAUCGUUUCAGAGAACAUAAAAGUAAAGUGAAAGGAAAUGGGCAAAGUUUACCCGAUCCGACUAGUGGGAAUUAUUGUUGAUAGCUGAAUAAAACCAUCAAAUAGAAAAAUGUUAUGCGCAUAUUGAAUUUUCCAUGCUCUGAUAUACCUUUCCUUU